GGUCAAAGACCAGCAUGUGGCCAUCUACUACAUGGACCACCUUCUUGAAGUUGCCAUCCAGUUCCUUGGCGUUUAGUGGACGGACACGGACCACCACCUUGACGUGGCUGCACACCUCUUCGGCUGACAUGUUUACCUGUAAGGGUCUGCAGAUUUCAGCACCGAAAACCAGACGAACUUUUGGAAUCAGCAGUGACUGCAGUGGCGUAGCUGUCCUAUACUAGUUUUUUAAAUGGCAUUCUGGAGUCCUAGCGUGUUGGCGCCCCUGUGUUUGGCUUGUCGGGCUACGAGGCGAGAAUCUCCUCGCAUACACGCGCUCGUUAGUUCCUGGAGGAAGCCUCAACAUCCUCAGCAGUUCUGUUCAGCCUUUCAUCCGUCAAAACUUGACUGCCGCAGCGGAAACAUGAAGCAUUUUUCUUCACAGGCUGAGUCAGAACCACACACUCCAGUUCUGCUGAAAGAGGUGCUGCAGUACUUGGAUGUUCAACCAGGACAGUUUGUUCUAGAUCUAACAUUUGGAGGCGGAGGUCACAGUAAAGCUAUUCUGAGUUCAGUACCGGGCGUGACCUUGGUGGCUGUGGAUCGAGAUCCUGUGGCGUUCAGCCUGGCUCAGCAGCUUGCACAAGAAUACCCUGGCCAAGUGAAGCCCGUGCUUGGACGUUUCAGUGAGUUGAAGGACGUUCUGCUAGGACUCGGUUUGAAAAAUAGAAGCAUAGAUGCGGUCCUGCUGGAUGCUGGCUGCUCCUCCAUGCAGAUGGACGCAGCCGAGAGAGGCUUUUCUCUAAGCAAGGAUGGACCUCUGGACAUGAGAAUGGAUGGAGACAGGUACCCCGGCAUGCCCUGCGCGGCUGACGCCGUCAGCGCUUUAGAUCAGCGGUCGAUUGCGUGCUUGCUGGCUGCGUACGGGGAGGAGCGACACGCCAAGAAAAUCGCGGCGGCCAUCGUGCAGGCACGCAGCCUGUACCCCAUCACCCGGACCCAGCAACUGGCCAGCAUUGUGGCAGCUGCGUUUCCCGCCAGCGCUCUCUUCGCCCGCCGUGACCGCCUGCAGCGCCCUUCUCACGUGGCCACUAAGACCUUCCAGGCGCUGCGUAUUUUCGUAAACGACGAGCUGAACGAACUCGUCGCGGGGCUGCACGUGGCCCAGGAUCUCCUCCGACCGGGGGGCCGCCUCUGCAUCCUCACCUUCCACUCGCUGGAGGACCGCAUCGCCAAGCGCUUCCUCCGAGGGGAAGAGAUCGACGCCCCGCCGCGACGCAGCGUGCGCCAGCGGGCACGCGCCAACCUGCCGGGGCGGCACGAGGAAGAAGAUCUGAUGCAGGAGGACGAGGACGAAGAAGAAGAGACGGGGACGGAGAGCGAGCACUGGGUCCGGUUGCACAGGAAGGUGGUGGUUCCUAGCAGGGAGGAGGUGCAGGGGAAUCCACGAGGGAGGUCAGCUAAGCUCAGAGGAGCCUUGAGACGCUAGCUGGAACUUUUUCAGUCACGGUGACCGCGGGGCUUUGACUGAACCGAGACGGGUGGUGGACUUUUUUAGAUUAGCAUCAGUGACUGUAGCAUACGUGCUAAGUACAGAGCACAUACUUGAGACGCAGUGAAUUCCUAACAGUCUUGAGUGCAGCUUCAAACUCAUCUGAUGUGUCCACGAAUUCAACUCAAAGUUUAGAGAUGUGUUUGUUUUCAAACGACGAAAUAGUAUCAGCUUGAACACCUCCCCUUCCCCGAGUGCCCCCCAGGUUUUUCUCCCAUGAACCUGAGAGACAAUUGGAACGACAGUCUUGAUGAUGGUCACUUCAUCUUCAUUAUUAUAUUCUACUGCUCAAUCCAACCUGAAAAGCUACCUGAUUCAAAACUGUUCUAUUGUACGAUUUCAACUCAUCGACUCAUUGAAUGUCAUGCAAAAAUACUCAGCAGCUUGUGGAAUGUAUUCAUUUUACAUAAAUAUUCAUCUUUUACCAUCGCUUUGUCCUGGUCAGGUUUGCCGUGGGUCAGAAUUUACUGGAAUCACUGGGCACAAUGCCCCUAGACUCUAUUGUGUGGCCUUGGCCAUCAAACCACCCAGACAUAGCCAAUCAUGUCUGUAUGUAGACGCCUGACGAGGGAUUUGAACCCUGGAUCCCAGCAGUAGUGGGCUAGUGUAAUUUACUGCUGCGCCACCUGAUCGCCCAUGGAAUGCGUUAAUAUCAAGUACAGUGGUACCUUGUAACUCAACGUCCCCUAAACUCAACGUGUUCGGUUCAUUAACAGUGAACAGUCGCUUUGUUCAGCACUUGUCUUGAGCGGUGCGGUAAAACGUCAUCAAAGUGCGAAUAUGAGAUGAAUCUGCAUUUGUGUGGAAUAACAGAUUCACAGAUUCAGUCUGAAAGCUCCACAUGUAUCUGUGUUUAUCUGGAUUUUCCUCACUGUUUCACUUUUAAACUUGUGUUACAGCUCCAGGUUCUGAGAAAUUGUAAGAAUCAGCUUUUUAUUUCAGUGUUUUUAUAUUAUAUAAGUGUCAAACAAGUGUCAAAAAAAUAUGUAACGCAUUAACAGGUUUACCAUACAUCCUUAUGGGAAAAAAUACCUUAAAACUCAACGCCACUCCCAGAACCAACUGACGUUGAGUUUUUAAGGUACCGCUGUAAUAUAUUGUACAAGUAUGUCAGGUGGGCGGCUCGGUGGCUGGGUGUGUAGCUGGGUGGGUAGCACUGACACCUCACAGCAAGAAGGGUUCGAUCCCCAGGUGGGGUGGUCCGGGUCCUUUCUGUGUGGAGUUUGUAUGUUCUCCCCGUGUCUGUGUGGGUUUCCUCCCACAGUCCAAAGACAUGCAGGUGAGGUGAAGAAAUAAAAUUGUCCAUGACUGUGUUUGACAUUCAACUUGAACUGAUGAAUCUUGUGUAACCAGUAACUACCAUUUCUGUCAUGGAUGUAACCAAAGUGUAAAACAUGAUGUCAA